AUUUCCCCAACCUAACUACAGAUAAAGACAAGUGACUAACCACAGACUACAUACUAUUGACUAACCCAAGAUAACCUCAAAUAGUUCUAGUCUACUGUUGACAAACGUGGGUUUCAGUUUUCUUUGCCGUUUUUUGGAUAUUUGCGCGUAAAAUGUCCGAUGAACCUCAGGAGAAGCGAAAGAACCGAAAGCGCAAGAAGAGUUUUCUGAAAAAUGCCCGAAAGUACGCGAAACGGGGGCACUUUGGCCGGGGCUCCCAAAUCGACGAGGACACUUACCAGUACUUUCUGCGUGUGAUGGAGACGUUCAAGCAGGAGGCCUUAGAUGAAGAAGAAAAAGCCAUCCUGGUUGAACAAGUGCUUCAGCAGACAAUUGACAAAGAACUGGACUUUGCUUGUAACCAAGUGGGGUGUCGAGUGCUGGAAACUGUUCUGCCCUUCGCUCAGGACUCAGCAUUGGAGAGGUUCAUGGAGGAGCUUGGAAAUGACAUGCGCCCCCUCUGCUCCGAUAGGUUUGCUGGUUUCGUCCUGCAAGCUUUGGUUGCAAUUUCCGCCAAAAAGUCCCUGGAUUCGAGCACCGACCCAGAUAAACGGCUCUACUAUAGAAAGUUCUUGCAAAAAGUCAGCAAUUUCUUGUCGAACAACAUGGAAGACUUCGUGUGGGAUGGCAUAGGAAAUCACAUACUACGGACGUGUUUGUGUAGUUUAGUGCAGAUUCCCGAUGAAAAAAAGGAGCAGACAAAGCGGCCUAAUAUCAAGGAUGUUAAGGGCGAAGAUGUGAAGAAGGAAGAAGUGGUGGUGCCGGAGGAUUAUCGGGCCAUAGUGAAACAAAUUGGCGAGAGGUUGAUUGUGUGGCCGCAGUUUGAGGAAAUGUGCCAUUCAGAGCUCACCGCUGGAUUGUUCCAAGUGCUGCUCAAAGCCCUCAAGAAGGCUGACUCUAAACUAAUGAAGAGCUACCUGCAAAAGUUACUAACAGAAAUAUUCCUCAAAAAUCAGAGCGGCGAGGAAGCGAAACUACCUCAAGGAUUCCUGUCUUCUAGCAUGCUGGUGCUGCUGGAAACCGCGCUGCAAGUGGCUGAAAAGAAGAUGUUCAACCAAAUGUGCGAACAGCUCUUUACAGGAAGAAUGCUUCAGCUGGCCUCACUUAGAAGCACAAACUUUGCUGUCCAGAAAGUGAUUGCUCAGUGCUCCAACAAGACUCAGUUCGAUCCUUUGUUUGACGAAUUGGCCGACCAUUUUCUAGAAAUAAUCGAAAAAGACAAUCCAGCUGUUCUGCUGGCUGUUUGCGAAGCCUGCAAGCGACUGUCGACCAAACAGGGCACUUUCGUGCGGAACAUGAUGAAAAGCCUCAACUGCUUGGAGCCGGAGGACCGGCAGCAACAUUUUAUUCUUUGCAUGUGCCGGCUGGCCCCAUACGACCCGAAGAGCCCUAAAGCAGGCCUGCUGAAGGAAAAGCUGAGCCUUCAAGGGACGCUUAUGCUGCAGCUGAUGCUGGAAUUUAACAAGCCCAUCGCCUUAGUUAACAGCCUGCUCAACAUGGACGCUCAGGUGCUGAAAGAGCUUUUCUCGCACUCGAUGGGUAGCCAUAUAGUCGAUUCUUAUACGAAAAGCGCUUUCAUCGGGGAGAGAAGCCGCGAGAAGCUGGUUUGGAAAAUGAAGGAUACUUAUCAAGAACUAGCAGUUUCCAAGUACGGCUCCCGGGCGUUUGAGGCCAUCUGGAACGUAGCCAAUAUUAAAGGGAAGCUUCAAAUCAUGCAGGAAUUAUUGCACAAGGAGCAGCUGUGGUGCAAUUCGCAGUUCGGGAAAAUUAUCGCCAGCAAGGUGAAUCUGGCCCUCUUCAAACGAAACAAGGAGACCUGGAAAUCUGCCAUUGAAGUGAAACCCGAAGAAGCUUAAGGUUAAUACAUUUUUGUGUUUA